AUGACGGACGAGUUGCAAUGUAAGACAGAGGAUAGGAAGACUGGAAAGAUGAACGCGAAGAAUCCGGUGACUUCUGACAGUAUUUGCAAGGAAGUUAUACUACGGGACAAGUUAUUUCGCCGCAACUGGUCCAGAAAGUACGCACACCUGACGGGUGAAUUUUUUAAAAAGGUGCUGACCGAAGAAUGCAGAAAGGAGGGAUUUCCGGCGGACACUUUCGAACACAAACCGCCGGAAGAUGCGAUUAAGCGUUCACCGAUUCUUCUGAAACCAUCGCCGUCCAUUCCCAGAACGACAUCCGGCAUGGUGGGUUUCCGAUCAUCUCGUCCAGAAUACGAUCUCGAGUUUACAGGUCGCUGGUAUGUUUCGCCGAAACUCACCACCGAACCUCCUAUGGGACCCGGGAAAUUUCGCGUCGCACAGCAGAGGUUCAUCUUCCUCGGUUAA